GAGAACAGAAAUGGUGGUUUAAAUGAACAUAAGAUUUUGCUGCAUAGUGAUUUUCGAAGCUUGGAGAGGGGGCAAAUCAAAUGGAAUCGUCAACAGACCAUCUUCGAUUUGGAAAUGGAAUCAUUGGAAGUAUGGCCCCAUGGGACCUCAUUAAUUCAGCCAUGAAAUCUUUGGAUCAUUAAAUUGGAAAGAUGUCCCUGUAUGAUGACCUGGGAGUAGAGACCAGUGAUUCAAAAACAGAAGGCUGGUCCAAAAACUUCAAACUUCUGCAGUCUCAGCUUCAGGUCAAGAAGGCAGCUCUCACACAAGCAAAGAGCCAGAGAACGAAACAGAGUACAGUACUUGCCCCAGUAAUCGACCUAAAGCGAGGCGGCUCUUCAGACGACCGGCAGAUCGUGGACACCCCCCCGCACGUCGCAGCUGGCCUGAAGGAUCCUGUUCCCAGUGGAUUUUCUGCAGGAGAAGUUUUGAUUCCAUUAGCUGAUGAAUAUGAUCCCAUGUUUCCUAAUGAUUAUGAGAAAGUAGUGAAGCGCCAAAGAGAGGAACGACAGAGACAGCGGGAGCUGGAAAGACAAAAAGAAAUAGAAGAGAGAGAAAAGAGGCGUAAGGACAGACAUGAAGCUAGUGGGUUUUCGAGGCGGCCAGAUCCAGAUUCUGAUGAAGAUGAAGAUUACGAGCGAGAGAGGAGGAAAAGAAGUAUGGGCGGAGCUGCCAUCGCGCCACCCACUUCUCUUGUAGAGAAAGACAAAGAGUUACCCAGAGAUUUCCCUUACGAAGAGGAUUCGAGACCUCGCUCCCAGUCUUCCAAAGCUGCUAUCCCUCCCCCAGUAUACGAAGAACAAGACAGACCCAGAUCUCCGACUGGACCUGGCAACUCCUUCCUUGCCAACAUGGGUGGCACAGUAGCACAUAAAAUCAUGCAGAAGUACGGCUUCCGGGAAGGCCAGGGUCUGGGGAAGCACGAGCAGGGGCUGAGCACAGCACUGUCCGUGGAGAAGACAAGCAAGCGAGGAGGCAAGAUCAUUGUGGGCGAUGCCACAGAGAAAGAUGCAUCCAAGAAGUCAGAUUCAAAUCCAUUAACUGAAAUACUUAAGUGUCCUACCAAAGUGGUCCUCCUAAGGAACAUGGUUGGUGCAGGAGAGGUAGAUGAAGACUUGGAAGCAGAAACCAAGGAAGAGUGUGAAAAAUAUGGCAAAGUUGGAAAAUGUGUGAUAUUUGAAAUUCCUGGUGCCCCUGAUGAUGAAGCAGUACGAAUAUUUUUAGAAUUUGAGAGGGUUGAAUCAGCAAUUAAAGCCGUUGUUGAUCUGAAUGGGAGGUAUUUUGGUGGACGGGUGGUAAAAGCAUGUUUCUACAAUUUGGAUAAGUUCAGGGUCUUGGAUUUGGCGGAACAAGUCUGAUUUUAAGAACUAGAGCACGAGUCAUCUCCGAUGAUCCUUAAAUGAGCUGCAGGCUGAGCAGAGAAGGAAAAGGCGUCAGCCGGCCUGCGUGGCUGCCGCAUACAGAGACUCUUGGAAGGACUUCUAAGAUAAAUGUUGAUUGAUCCCUUUUUUAUUUUGUGGUUUUUUAAAUAUAGUAUAAAAAUCCUUUAAAAAAAAAACAAUCUGUGUGCCUCUCUGGUUGUUUCUCUUUUUUUAUUACCACUUCUGAGGUGAUUACAUUUUUUGCUAGGAUUUCAUGAUAAUUCUCAAGUGCUUCAGUGAUACAGCAUUUCUUGCACUAAAAAAGCUAGAAAGUUUUGGGAUAUGGGGUUGUAUUGUUAUCCUUUGCUUUUCUUUCUUUUUGAUUCAUUUUAAUAAAACCUGCAAGUUACUAAACUGUAGCUUCAUAAAUUCUAUAAUAAAGCAUCAUCUUGGCAGUCUGCCAAAGGUGAAAAUGUUUGCUUUCUCUAA